AUGGGCUGGCGGAUUUGCCUGGCCGGGCUCCUGCUGCUCCAGGGCUGCGGGCUGGGCUGCCCCUCGGAGCUGGCAUUCCUGCUGGAGCCGGCAGACGUGAUCGCGGUGCGGGAGUGGCCCCUGGUGCUGCACUGCUGGGUGGAGGGGGAGCCGCCCAUCACCAUCACCUGGCACAAGGACGGGGCCGUGCUGGGCAGUGACAGGCACACGGCCAUGCUGGCCAACGGCUCGCUGCGCAUUGAGAGCUUCCGCCACCGGCCCGGUGCCGGGACCGCCAACCAGACCAGCGUUGGGGAGUACAGCUGCACCGCCCAGAACCACGACGGGCUGCUGGUCAGCCACAAGGCCCGUGUGCAGCUUGCCACCCUGUCCAAAUUCCACAUGCACCCAGAGUCCAUGGCGGUGGAGGAAGGCGGCGUCGCCCGGUUCCAGUGCCUCAUCCAGGGCGUGCCCGAGGCCACCAUCACCUGGGAGCACAACCGCAUGGCCCUGCCACCCGGCGACCAGCGGUUAACCCUGCUGCCGGCUGGCAUCCUGCACAUCACGGGCGUGCGGCGAGCCGACGUGGGCGCCUACCGCUGCGUGGCCAGCAACAUCGCCAACAGCUGCUGCAGCCAGGAGGCCCAACUGGCCAUCAGCGGUGAGUGUGGGCCACAGCCCGGUGAGGGGCAGCCAGCAGGAGCCCAGUCGAGUCUCAGCCCCAAACUCUACAAGGAGCCCAUGAUCCUGUCGGGCCCCCAGAACCUGACCAUCACGGUGCACCAGACGGCUGUCCUGGAAUGCAUUGCCACCGGCAACCUGCGGCCCAUCGUCUCCUGGAGCUGGCUCGACGGACGCUCCAUCGGCGUGGAAGGGAUCCAGGUGCUGGGAACUGGCAACCUCAAGAUCUCGGACGUCUCCGUGAAACACACCAGGGUCUAUGUGUGCCCCGCCAACCGGCUGGGCACCCGCGUGUGCCGCACAGCCCAGGGCAUCCUCAUGGUGCAGGUCCCCCCAGAGUUUGUGCAGUGGCCCCAGUCGCUGUCCAAGCCGCUGGGCAGCAGUGCCAGCUUCACCUGCGUGGUGCAGGGCGUCCCUGAGCCCCACCUUGUCUGGCUGAAGAACGGCAAGAUCCUGAUGCUGGGCGAGAACAUCAAACUCAUCCACAAUAACAGCACCCUGCUGCUCCAGGGGCUCACAGCAGUGGAUGAAGCGAUCUACCAGUGCAUCGCUGAGAACAGCGCGGGCAUCAACCAGGCCAGCGCCCGUCUGGCUGUCACCCUGGCCCAGGAGCUGCCCAGCUCCCCCGAGGGCAUCCAGGCCACCGCGCUCUCCACCACCUCCAUCCAGGUGUCCUGGCAGGAGGCCCCCCCAGAGGUGAUCGAGGGGCUCAUCGGAUACGUGCUGCAUGUCUGCAGGGUGGGAGAGUCUGCCAGCCAGGAGCUGCAGGAGGCUGUGAGCAAAACCACCUUCCAGCACCUCGUCACCGGCCUGGCGCCCGCCACCACCUACCGCAUCACCUACUCGCCGCUGGGGGCCAGCCAGGACUCGGCGCCCGUCCUGGCCAGCACCAUGGGCAGCAUCUCUGCAGCCCCCGGCUUCUUCACCAAGAUGCUCAACGCCAGUGCAGUGCAAGUCUCCUGGGUGCUGCCCCCGCAACCAGGCCGGAUCGAGGGCUUCAAACUCUUCCACCGCAAGCUGCCCAGCCCCUACUUCAAGGGGCCACAGCUCCUGGCCAGCACGGCCAACUCCUACGUCUACAGCAACCUGGAGCCCUCGGCUACCUACGAACUCCGGCUCCAGGCCUUCAACAGGAAUGCAGACAGCAACAGCGCCGUGCGGGUCGUCCGGUUGGAGGGGAGCGGCCCAACGCUGGACGCUGACCCCGCGUGCCGCUGUCGGCCAGGGGAGGAGAGCUCGCUGUCUGGCGUCGUGGUGGGCGUCCACAUCGGCAUGGCCUGCAUCAUCUUCUGCCUCCUCUUCCUCAUGUUUGGCUACUGCAGGAGCCUGUUCUGCAGGAAUGGGGCUCAGGACAGCUGGACAGUGCCCCGGGGGGCAGAGCUGGCCCAGCCCGGUGCCCUCCGCAGCCUGUGCACCCAGCCGGGGGAGGACAAGCCAAUGGAGAUGAUGGACCUGGUCACCCAGACCCUGCCGUGCCCAGAUGUGCCCCCUGUCGAAGUCCCCAUCGAGCGUUGCCCUCCCCUGCAGCCCCCUGGGUAG